AUGAAAAUAAUUGAUCUUCUACAAAUGUGGGGUUUAAAACAUGCCACUGAAAACCCGCUUUGCCUAGUAAGUGGUGGUAUAAUUGUGCAAAAAGAUGACACUCAGAACAUUGAAAGUGUAUGGAAUAAAUGCAAAUAUGUUCUAAAUAUACACAAAAGUAUUGUGGCAUCAAAGGUUAAUUUAUUGCUAAAGGAACUAGUUUGGAAAAAUAAUCUUGGAUUUAAUAAGAAUUUUGAAGAAUUAUUAAUAUUUUUAAUAUUAUAA